AACAUUGAAGAACAAUCAAAUCAACGGUACGUUAAACAUCGGCUCAAACUACAGUAACCAACUACAAAUCAUCGAUUUGCAAAACAAUUUCAUCGACGCCUUCACUCAACGAGCUGGUUUCACCGUUCAAAUCAUGUAAAAAAAUACACAUCACUCUCUAAACAAUUUAAUCUUUUUUUUCUUUCUAAUAUAUAAUGUAUACCGUAUACGUGCAUGCGCAGACUCAUCGGAAACCCGAUAUGCGACGAAGGAGGGAGAGAGAGUUACUGCACGAUUCCUCAACCGUCGAAUAAUACAUACUCAACACCGCAACAAAACUGCUUGCCUUCGAAUUGCACUUCGGAAACCGUUUCAUCCCCGACUUGUAAAUGCGCCUACCCUUACACGGGGACGCUUAUCUUCCGAGCCCCAUCGUUUUCAAACUACAGAAACGGGACUAUUUUCGCUUCACUCGAAAACAAACUGAUGUCCGUGUUCAAGUCUCGCUCCCUCCCUGUGGAUUCCGUUUCUGUCAGCAAUCCGAAUCGAAACAUCGAUAACUACCUUUCGCUUGAUCUGCAAGUCUUUCCGUCCGGCCAAGAGUAUUUCAACCGCACCGCGAUUUCCGGGAUCGGAUUUACGCUGAGCAAUCAAACGUUCAAGCCUCCGCCUGAAUUCGGACCCUUCUUUUUCAUCGGCCGUAGCUAUCCACACUUUGAAGGUAGCAAAUUUACGGUGGAGGGUUCACCGUCGAAAAAGUCAUCGAGCAAGGGCAUUAUCAUCGGAGCGGCAGUUGGUGGUGCUGUUCUGUUCUUGCUGCUAAUAGUUGCUGGUGUUUGUGCAUGUCGACAGAGGACAAGAGCCGAAACAGCCGACAAAAAGAAUGAUCCUUUCGUUUAUCGAAAUUUCGUGUCGAAAAUUUUCUACGUUUUUUGUCAGGUGUAUAGAGGAACCCUUGCGAAAGGACAAUUGGUUGCUAUUAAAAGAGCCGUGCAAGGAUCUAUGCAAGGCCGUCUCGAGUUCAAAACCGAGAUCGAACUCCUCUCUAGGGUUCAUCACAAGAAUGUCGUCAGUCUCGUCGGUUUCUGUUUCGAUCAAGGCGAACAAAUGCUUGUCUACGAGUUCAUUGCAAAUGGAACAUUGAGAGAUAGUAUUUCAGGACAAUCGGGAAUACGAUUAGAUUGGAUGAGGCGGCUACGAAUAGCACUCGGAGCAGCCAAAGGGAUACAAUAUUUACAUGACGAGGCAGACCCUCCGAUCGUACACAGAGAUAUCAAGUCGAACAAUAUCUUAUUAGACGAACGCCUCAACGCCAAAGUAGCCGAUUUCGGCCUCUCUAAGAUUAUGCAUGAUUCCGAAAGGGGCCACGUCACUACUCAAGGAUAUUUGGAUCCGGAAUACUUCUUGACACGGCAACUGACGGAAAAGAGCGAUGUGUACAGCUUCGGAAUAUUGUUGUUCGAACUUUUGACCGCAAGACCUCCGAUCGAAAAUCAUAAGCAUAUUGUAAGACUAGUGAAGUCAACGAUGGAUGAAUCGAAGGAUAUGUAUAACCUACAAGGGCUUCUAGACCCCGCGGUAGCUUUCGGAAUGUCGACCAAGAGCGUCGAAAUGCUUGUGGAUUUGGCUUUGAGGUGCGUUCAAGACUUAGGAUCUGAUAGGCCUUCGAUGAGUGAGGUUGUUAAGGAGAUUGAGAAUACGAUGGUGAUCGCGGGGAUAAACCCUAAUGCCGAGUCGACACCGAGUUCGUCGGCUUACGAAGAUGCGAACAAAGCGAGUAAGCAUCCUUAUAGUGAUGAGAAUCUGUUUGCCUACAGUGGUUCUAAUCUUGCUAGUUCUUCAGGUUUUCAACUAAAGUAGAGGGUUUUUUUUUUUUUUCUUAAUUAUUUUAUUUUUGUAAAUUUUCUGAUAUGUAUUUUGGUUUUUGUUUGUUUGCAAAAAUUAUUUUAAAUUCUGCUCAUGUUGAAAAUUGAGCAUUUUAUUUUGUUUGUUUGGAUUUAUAAGCCUCUUGAGGAAAGAGUGGCAUGUAAAAAGGAGAAAGAUUGUUUUGAGUGAUGAUUUGUAAUUUAUUCUUGAAAAAAUCCAUGUU